AUGUCUGGCAAGUUGGACAAGUCUCUUGAUGAGAUCCUGGUGAACCACCGCCAGAGCACCCGCCGUCGCGGUGGCGCUCGCCGUGGAAAGGCCGGAGCUGCUGGAGGAAUCAGAAAGACCAAAGCCACCAAGCCUACUGGCAAGGCUGCUGGCAAGGCUGCUCAGCCCACUGCAACUCCUACUCCUACUGAUAGCAAGAUUAUGGUCAGCGGCUUGCCUGUCGAUGUGAAUGAGGCCAAUAUCAAGGAAUACUUCACCAAGUCUGCAGGCCCUGUCAAGCGGGUGAUGCUCACAUACGGCCCAAAUGGCACUAGCCGCGGAAUUGCCUCAAUAAUCUUCGGCAAGCCGGACACUGCCGCCAAGGCUGCCAAAGAGCUGAAUGGGCUUUUGGUUGAUGGCAAGCCGAUGAAGAUUGAGGUUGUUGUUGACGCCACGCGUGCUCCUGCUGUUCCCGAACCGAAAUCUCUUACCGAGCGCGUUGCGCAAUCAGCCAAGUCGCAGCCGAAGCCCGCGACGGGACCCAAGCCGGCCGGCGCCGGUCGCCGUGGUCGCCGUGCUGCUCGCCGUGGCGGCGGUCGUCCCAACCGGCCUCAGAAGAAAUCAAAGGAGGAUCUUGACGCUGAGAUGGAUGACUACUUUGUCUCGAACGAGAGCGGCGGAGCACCGGCGGAAGGGAACGCUCCGGUAAACGGCCAGGCCCAGCCGGCGACGAACGGUGGCGAAGACGUUGGCAUGGCUGAAAUUUCUUGA